AUGUCUCCGACUGAAAACUUGAUUAUUCUGUUAAGUGUCUUGACCAUCUUCAACUCCGGAGUAGUAAGUCAGGAUGUCAAUCAAAUCAGUCUAGAAGAUGGAGAAUUCAGGAAUGUACUUGUAGCCAUCGAUGAAGGUGUUCAAGAGGACCCCGCCAUUAUUCAAAAAAUCAAGGAUAUGUUCGUGAUGGGUUCACCUCUUCUCUUCAAUGCAACCGAGUUAAGAGCCUUUUGGAAGGAGAUUCUGAUCCUAGUCCCAAGGUCUUGGACCCGACUAUCUUCCUAUGGGUUCACUCAGUCCGAGUCCUAUAAUCGGGCUAAUAUCCGUAUAUUCUCUGGCGAAGAGGCUACGGAUCCCGUCGUUGUAAACCAUUUGCAUUGUGGUAUGGAAGGGCAUCAUCUGGAAAUGACAUCAGGAUAUUUACAGAGCACCAGUAAAUGCCACAAUAUGGACAUUGUGAGGUAUUGGGCUAGACUGCGAUGGGGCCUGAUGCCUGAGGACUAUAUUGGUGAUGACAAGACUGCACCAUCUUACAUGGACAGCGACGGUGCGUGCCAAGCAACCAGAUGCUCUCUGGAAAUCGAAGUGGGACUGAAGAAACAUUUUCCUUCUUAUUCCUUACAGAUAGUGGAAUUCUGCAAUAGUAACACCAAAGAUAAACAUCGCUAUCACAAUUUCGAGGCUCCAAAUCUCCAGAACAUCAAAUGUGCUAAAAGUGCAUGGGAUGUCUUACACGAUAGUGACGACUUUGUAGACGAGAAGAAUCCACCUAUGCCAGGGAGUACCAAUACUGCACCAGCUUUCAGGAUUCUACAGCCUCCUAAAGAUAGACAUGUUGUACUCGUUCUAGAUAUUAGCGGAAGUAUGAACAAUGCAAAUCGUUUCAACAAGUAUAUACAGGCAGCAACCAUCUUUAUCAUGGACCUGGUACCAGCUGGGAGUGAAAUCCUGGGAGUAGACUCAAAUGGCAGCUAUAUUUUCUUACUGAGUGACGGGGAAGAGAACCGUAGUCCAUAUAUCCGCGAUGUUUUACAAGACGUCAAUACGGCUGGAGUAGUUAUCGAUACUGUCGCUAUUACUCAAGACGCCGAUCAGCAGAUGGAGGAUUUAGCUAAUAUGACUGGUGGCAGAUCAUUCUUCUGUCAUGAUCUCAGAAGCAGUGCAUGUGUGACAGACGCCCUACUAUGGACUAUCGUUGAAAGACCACAUCUAAACACAGCCCAAGCUCCAAUUGUGGUGAAGAUCACGGACGUCAAAGUACCACCCAGACCAGAUGCAAUCAUUACGACAGUGGUUAUCGGUGAAGAGGAGGGCAAUGACACUAUGAUGGCUGUUACAUGGCUUGAUUUCUAUGAUAUGGAUGUCAUAGUUGAAGGACCACAUGGUGAAUUCAUCGAUGAGUUACAUCCUAGCUACACCAUUGACAGAGCGACAAAAAUUAUCACUAUCCGAAUACCUGUAGCAUCGCCUGGUAAUUGGGAUAUAACAAUGCUUCAUAAUGAGGUGUCCAUUGAGACUGUAGGAGUGACAGUAACGACGAAACCAAGGCAGACCGGUGAUGAGAUUGCGGACGUUCACGUCUUCUUAAGCACAAGGAACGUCAACUUCAAGGAAGACCCUAAGCUAGGAAUAUUUGCACUGGUUCAAAGAGGACACAACGUCGUCAAGAAUGCAGACGUUCAAGCUGUCGUAGGAAAUUCGAUAGGUUCUAUCACAUCAACAAUUCAACUCAAUGAUUUAGGAACAGGUUCCGAUUUCAUGAAGGAUGACGGAGUAUACUCGGGAUACUUCCUAAACUUCGAUGCCGAUGGUAGAUAUAGUGUCACGGUAAACGUUCUUGGUGCAGCCGCUUCAAAUAUCAGUCAUACAGACAGAAAACGACGGGCCAUAACUCCAACCCCACCAUCUGUCCCCUCUUCAUUCAUGCGGUCAGCAUCAGGUGGUGUCUUUGCAGUGAAUAACUACAUCCCGAAUGCUCCCGAUGUCUUAGCUCCAUCCCGUAUCCAGGAUCUUGCCUAUUCUUCAUUCUCUUAUGAGAAUGCAACGGUUAUUCUCACCUGGACGGCUGUAGGAGAUGACCUCGACCAAGGAACAGCUUCUGAAUACGAACUGAGGUACUCCAAUGACUUCGAUGUCCUGAGGGUAAACUUCACUGAAAAUCCACUGGUCAACGAUCACCAGAUCAUCGAUGGAAACCUAUCUCGGAUAUCUCCUGGUGGUCAGUCAGAGACAUUGACCAUCCUACUUCCUGUCCUUCAUUACGAUCUCAACUAUUACUUUUCUAUUCGAGCUUUGGAUGAAGCAGGAAAUGCAGGAGCUAUUUCAAACAUUGUUUCCUUGCCGAUUAUAGAACCGUAUUUUGUUUCCACCUCAGCUCCUAGUUCGACAACCACUGUUCAAGACUUUACCGAUGGUACCACUGUCACAACAUCGACCAUAACAGAGCCACCGUCCAAAGAACCCGAGGCAACUAAAGGACCUGAUGAAUCAAAAGACCUGGGUCUUAUCAUAGGUCUGACCGUAGCCUUUAUCCUUGUACUUUUAGUUUGUGCUCUUGUUUAUGCAAAGUUCUUUUACAAGAAAAAAUUCACCCCACGAUAUGCAGAAGGUGUGAAUCAUUCUGGAGAGAGCUACCAGUCCACUGAAAACCCGUCCCAUGCUAACCCUGCGUAUAACGGAUCAUAA